AUCACUCCCUGACAACAGCAGCGAUGGCGGAGCCCGCAGCAUCGGAUGCGGCGGCCACAGCAGACGCAGCAGAAGCGACAUCAACCCCGACCCCGGGCCUCUCCCCGGCAGUCAGCCCGGGCUCGGAGCCUCCAUCCAUGGCUCUGUCUCCCACGGCGGACGGCUCCCAGCGGCUGCUCUUCUCCCACGACCUGGUCUCCGGGCGGUAUCGCGGCUCAGUCCGGUUUGGCCUCGUACGGAUGAUUCACGGCGAGGAGGAAUUUAACUCAGACUCGGACCUCGACGAUGGCGGAGGGACUGGCGGCGGCGGCGGCGGCGGCGGAGGAGGACGAGUUCCGUGUGGUUCGGACACUGAGAGCGCUGUGGACACCCCGAGCCGGCCUCUCUGUAGGGGAUUUGUCCGCGUCCAGUGGUACCCUGAAGGAGGAAAGCAGGACAUCAGGGAGACAAAGCUGAAACUUGAAGAUCGAUCUAUCGUCAUUCGAGACAUCGUGCGACGAAAAAAUUCUAAUGACAACCAGUGUGGCAUUGUGACCAACAUCGACAUCGAGUGUGCAGUGAAACUAGUGGGAACAAACUGCGUUCUGUAUCCAGUAAACAGCAAAGACCUGCAGCACAUAUGGUCUUUCAUGUACGGCGACUACAUCGCCUACGACUUCUGGCUGGGGAAAGUGUACGACCUGACUAAUCACAUCAUCCUCAAGCUCUCCAACGGAGCCAGGUGCUCCAUGAGUGUGGAGGACGGUGCCAAGCUUUACGACGUCUGUCCACAUGUCAGUGAUUCGGGUCUGUUCUUCGACGAGGCGUACGGUUUCUACCCAGGCCAGGUCCUGAUUGGCCCGGCCAAAGUCUUCUCUAACGUACAGUGGCUGUCGGGGGUCAAACCUGUCCUCAGCAGGAAGUGCAAGUUCAGGGUGGUGGUAGAAGAGGUGAAAGUGGUCGAGCUGAAGGUGACGUGGAUCACAAAGAGCUUCUCUCCCAAAGGUUCAGACAGCGUUUAUCCACCGGCCUCCACCAUCACACAGGAGAAUCUCUGCAGGGUGAGGCGUCUAGGAUACUACGACCACACCCAGAGGCAGCUGGGAGAAAGGGCCCUGUAUGUUUUCCCUGCCAAGGGGGACGCCACGCGCAUCACCUGUGAAGGACCCGAGGGUGCCCCUGUCCUGCCUGAAGACCCCGUGGCCAGAAAGUUAAAAAGGCUGUUCAAGAAGGAUUUGGGGAAGAAGACUGAGAACGCCGAAGGGGAGAACAACUCGGAGCAGACCGACUCGUCUCAUCCCAACAACAACAACGUGGAGUCCAUCCAGAACCCUCCGGACUCCCAGAACACCAACGACGACUCUGCUGAACACGGGGAGCAGGACGCUGACGACGAGGCGGCAGAAGACACUGACGAUACCAGCUCUCUGACGUCAUCGGCCAGCUCCACUGCCUCUUCUCAGAGCGGCGGUCUGGGAACCAACCGCAAGAAAAGCAUCCCACUCUCCAUCCGUAACCUGAAGAGGAAGCACAAGAAGAAGAGGACCAAGUUUUCCCGCGAGUUCAAGCCUGGAGACCGGGUUGCAGUGGAAGUUGUGUCCACAAAGACCACGGCGGAUGUGAUGUGGAAGGACGGGCGGGUGGAGAAGGGUUUUCGAUCAAAUGACCUCAUCCCCAUCCAGCACCUCGACAGCCACGAGUUUUGUCCCGGGGACUUCGUAGUAGACAAACGGCCACAAGCCCUCCAGGACCCGGGAGUGUACGGUGUGAUCCAGUCAGGUGAUCACAGAGGCAGAACAUGUGUCGUCAAGUGGAUCAAACUCAACUCCAGCAGCGACGACGUGGAGGUUUUCGGUAUGGAGGAGGAUGUCAGCGUGUACGACAUCACAGAUCAUCCAGAUUUCCACUUCCGCACCACCGACAUCGUCAUCAGAAUAUGGAACUCGGAGAACGGACACAACGACUGUGAAAACGAGACGUCGGUCGGCCAGGUGUCCCGGGUGGAUGUGAGCAGCAAAGUGGAAGUGGUGUGGGCGGAUAACUCCAUGACCAUCGUCCUCCCACAGCACCUCUACAAUGUGGAGUCUGAGAUCGAGGAGACGGACUACGACUCUGUGGAGGAGACGAGCAGCGUCCUGUCCACUGAGGAGUGGGAGGACGAGAGCGACAGCUGGGAGACGGAUAACGGCCUCACCACUGAGGACGACAGCCAUGUCAACAAUGCAGACGUCGGUGACACAGUGACCCCCACUCCCACCGGCUCCUCGACAUUCAUCAUCCCCCCUCAAGAGGGCAGCAAAGCCGGGGUCACCAGCCCGCCUAGAGGGGCCCCUGGAGAGGAGGUAGAAGGGUCUGUGGCUGCUGCUAGUCCUGCUUCUGGAGGAGGAACCACUCCAGGAGCUGUCAAUGGAGCGGAGAAGCCCAGUAAAGAUGGUGCCUCUCGGGGCUUCAGGGAGCUGAAAGAGGCGCUGAAGAUCCUGGAGAGCUUGAAGAACAUGACUGUGGAGCAGCUCUGGACCGGCGGUUCUCCAACCUCCCCGACCUCCGCUGAACCCGCUUCCACGACGAAUGUAGCGAGUUCGGCGACGCCCACGGUCCCAGAGAAGCCGACCAAGGAGAAACGUUUCCUGGACGACAUCAAGAAGCUGCAGGAGAACCUGAGGAAGACGCUGGACAACGUGGCCAUCGUGGAGGAGGAGAAGAUGGAGGCUGUGGUGGAGGCAGGGGGGGGUGCAGGAGCAGCGACGGAGGUAGAAAGAGUUGGAGAGGAGAAGCCCCAGCAGGACCCGCAGACACCGGUGGGUGGACAAGAGUGGCCCAGUGAGUUUCUCAGUGACACACCAGUACUGUGCCAACAGAGCGGGGGCAAGCCCGGCGUCACCUUCACCAGUGCCAAGGGAGAAGUGUUCUCCGUGCUCGAGUGGGCACCAGACACGCACUCAUUUAAGAAGAUGGAGUUUCAGCCAGCGGAGGCGAAGAAGUUCUUCAGCACAGUGAGGAAGGAAAUGGCUCUACUUGCAACGUCACUGCCAGACGGCAUCAUGGUCAAAACAUUUGAAGAUCGCAUGGAUCUGUUCUCCGCCCUGAUCAAAGGGCCGACUCGUACACCCUACGAGGACGGUCUGUUCCUGUUUGACAUCCAGCUGCCCAACAUCUACCCAUCUGUGCCGCCUCUGUUCCGCUACCUGUCGCAGUGCAGCGGCCGCCUCAAUCCCAACCUCUACGACAACGGCAAGGUCUGCGUCAGCCUGCUGGGCACCUGGAUCGGCAAGGGCACCGAGAGAUGGACCAGCAAGUCCAGCCUGCUGCAAGUCCUCAUCUCCAUACAAGGCCUUAUCCUCGUCAACGAGCCUUACUAUAACGAGGCUGGCUUCGACAGCGACCGAGGCCUUCAGGAAGGAUACGAGAACAGCCGCUGCUACAACGAGAUGGCCCUGAUCAAGAUGGUCCAGACGACGACGCAGCUCCUCCAGAACCCUGUGGAGGUCUUCAAACAGGAGAUCCAGGAACACUUUGUGUCUAACGGCUGGCGGCUCGUCCACCGCCUAGAUGCGUGGCUCGAGCUGAACGAAGGUGCCGAGAGGUGUCAGGCAGCGCACAUGUCCUCCAGGAUGCAACACUCCAGAGACCGACCUUCAUCUGUGGACCCUCUGGACGAGCAGGGCCCCGUGGCGGUGGCUCACAGCAGCCCAAGUAAGCCUGGGGAGGAGGGCGUCGCGGGAGCGGGAGUUACCAGUAUUAUGGAGGAGGAGCUGGAGGAUUCAGGGCUGAGUCCCUCCACUACAGCGGCCUCGCAGCAGGAGCUGAGCCAUAACUCAGACUGCGAUGGCACGCAGGGGAGUGCCUCUGUGGGGGGUGAAAACAGGGGUGUCUCCGUAGUCCGCGGUGGGACGUCAGAAUCGGCUUCAGCCACGGUUAGCGGAGCAGGCUCCACAGGAAGCCAGCCAGUGGUGCGACCAAAGAAACGGAGAAAGAGCUACCGGAGUUUCCUCCCAGAGGGCAGCGGCUACCCGGACAUCGGCUUUCCACUCUUCCCGCUCUCUAAGGGCUUUGUGAAGAGCGUCCGAGGUGUGCUGCUGCAGUACCGGGCUGCGCUGGCCGCCGCUGCCAUCGUCGACCGCACAGAGGACAAUGUCUCUUCAGAUGAGUGUGAUGGAUAAAGAGGGGCGAGCCUCACACACGCGCUCACCCAGUUGCACAAACCUAAUGGGAGCUGCCCCGUCACACAGGGACCCUCCUCUGUUCAUGGACGCAGGUAAACACAGAGCUUUUACUGGAGGCCUCAGCAGGAUUUCAGUGGAGAUGUUGUGGAUGUAAAAAGGACUGAAUGAGAUGAAAUAUCAGUGCCAUGAAGCCUCUUCCACCUAGCCUCCAGCAGCAGCCACCACAUGGGUGGGGAUUUGCUGGAUUAACCUGCCGUCUCUAUUAGCCUUGAAAAAUGUAAAGCAGACUUGUGAUCGUCGCCGCAUUUUGGACGAGUUCAAAGAUGGCUGAAUAACUGCAAGGCCCAGCUCCUCCUGGGUCUAACUGUAGCACUACUGAUGUUCUCGCUGUUCCAUCCUGCACUACAACAAAACCAAUGGACAAUCUGCUCUGGGAGAGGUGACACCGUAUAAACACACUGACCAGGAGGAUUCUUUUUAAAGAGAAAUCCCUGGUUGUACGCUUUUCUGCCAAACACACACACACACACACACACACACACACACACACACACACACACACACACACACUAUUGAAGUAGAACAUACUGAAUGUCAGUAAAACUGCCAACCACAACAGCUUCACCACUUCUUCCACUAUACUGCACUUGCUGGUAUUUUAAUCCGCCGAUCACUCGCACUGAACCACGCAGCAAACACCGAGUGACAAAGUUUACAUGUGAAUCACCUCCGGAGGUCAGACUGCUGUAGCUGUUUGGUGCGUAGAGAAGCCAGCCAGGCACGGGGCGUGGAGGUGUGUGUGCGCUCUAGUCGAAGCUUAACACAGCUGCAGCUUCUACAUUUAAAAGUUCCAUUCACUUUCUGUAGGAUUUAGCUAAAGUCGUUCGAUCACCAAAAUGGAACUUGUGCUUUUUGAUGUUUUUGACGCAUUUUAAGUCAUUUUACUCUGAGGCUGAAGAGUUACGGUUUCAGAGCGGAGCUUUACCCACAAUGCUCCACUUUUCUGUGACGGAGGUGAACCCACAUCACAUGCAAAUGACCCAAUUUAAGGAUUAAAUAGAAAAAAAUAAACAUACAGCAUCCAUUGCGUUCUUCUCAUGUCAACAUGUUGCCUUACUUGAAUUGUUCUUAAUAAUCUCGGAUCAUCGUGUGCAGAGCUGCUUGUGUCAUGCUUUAGACAUUAACCUUUACGGGCCAAGACACCACUAAACCCUGCUCCAGUGUUUUCCUCCCUGAUCGUGCAGAUCGCUGAUCAGCUUCCUCCUUCAUCAGUUCUUUAGCACGAGUCUCUCACAAUGCGGUUUUCGCUGUAUUCUGAUUUUUCCUCCCCAAGAUGCACGUGCAGAGUUUAAAACAUCAGAAUACAAACUACAGAAAGUGUGAUGCUGAAGGUCUGAUGAUAUUAUUUUUGCUUGAUAUUUUUUUUUUUUUUUUUUUUUUUUUUUUACACCGGCUUAAGCGUCUUAUCCCACGAGGGUGACUGUUGACCCCGCUGACGAGGGAAGAAUUACACAAAUGACAGCCCGCCGACAUGAGAGAGUUUCUUUCUCUACAUGGCAUAUACAGUAUAAUCUGGAUGAAAGAAAUCAAGGCUUUAUUUACCAAGUUACCAAGAAAGUGCGAGAAAUAACUGUGAAAGAAAGUGAAAUUCACCUUUUGGGUCCAAUCGUGCUUCCUGGGGAAAUCCGAGCAGUCUUUGUUUACAUUUUUUUAAAUAACUGCAUCCCACCUUUAACAGAAUGCUCCUUUUCUUUCUUUCAAGAUAUUAUGAGUCCCAUUGUAAUACUUCUGAUUAUAAUACAGGUCAGAUCAACCCUUGCUUGCUAUAAUCUGUGAUAUAAACGGAGCGCUGGCUGUCUGGUAUUUUACUUGAACAAAGAAGCUUGAAGAGUAUUUCUGAAUGAGAGAGCACAUUGUGCUAUUGUGAAGCUAUGAGUGAUGGAGAGGAUAAAAACCACGAGCCAAGAGAAUAAAGGUCAUGAAUGAGGGUAUUUUUCUUUUGCGUUGUUGUAUUUCUUUCUUUUGUUUUUACACCCUGCGACUCUUAAAACUGGCAUUCCUGUACCAGAUGUGGCAAUCAGGCCUCCAUUACAUUUUGUCCUCUUCCUUGGAUUUGACUUUGCCAUCAUUAUUAUGUUGCCUUUAAUGCUAUAGAGGAAGAUGUGUUGUCUUCUUCACAGGCUGCCGUAGCUGUAGCAUGUAGCCUUGUUUGCUUUACUGCCCCCCCCCCCCCCCCCCCCCCCCCAACUUGCUGCUGUUUGUAAAAUGUCACCUUCACAAUUCUUGGAGAAGUGAUUUCAUGUAUGGAUCAUGGUUGAGAGGCGACAUUACUGCUCCCUCAUUUUGUCAUCAGUUGCAGAAAACAGAAAAUGUGAAGCUAUCUCGCUAGACCUCGACGCAAAAUAAUCUGGCAGGAUAUCAAGCACAUGAUGUACAAUUUUUCUGUGUGUAUAUUAUUCAAAUUUAAACCAUUGUUGUUAUUAUUAUUAUUAUUAUUAUUAUUAUUAUUAUUGCGAGAAGUUUGUUUUACAGCCAAAGCAUGUAACAUGUUGCUUUAAGCCUUCUGAACGGGCUACACAAGACUUGACUGUACGAUGUCUACAUUUCCACAGUGGCCUGUUGAUAUAUUAAAAAAAGAACUAAAGUUAUGAUUUGUAGCCUGAUUCCCUCUGUACAGAUGUCAUGACUAUAUUAAAUAUAUAUAAAUACAUACAGUAUAUAUUUAACACAAACCUGAGUUCUAACGAGUCACGUGAAUGCUUGGGGCAUAUCUGUACAAAAGUGUAUUGUACUUAUGAUUUAAUCUUUUAAUGGUUUACUUUUGUUGCGUUAGACGACUGUAUAGUGAUGUAUUAAACUUUGCAAGCAGUACCAUA